UUCAGGCGUCAGCUCUGUAGCAACCGUCAUCCUCGUAGGAACCAGAAGGCGGGGGCAUACCGGUAUCGUAUCAUACUGUAAAACACAACCGAGCUUAUUUAUCACAGCAAACAAACAUCCUCAACCAACUCUCUUCAUCUACGGUAUCCCCCCCCCUCCAAGUCUACUCCAUCCCUCACACUGGCCGAGCUGCAAAGAUUAUAGGCACCGAGUAAACCUCAAAAAGCCCUCGUCUUCCAUCUUUCCCCUUUCAUCCCACCCAGUUCCUACCGACAACCUCCCUCGGUCGCACGAAACCCUCCUCCUAUUGGUGGAAUAUCGAAAUACCGGGAAAGCGAGUGACAGGGAGAAAAAUAAGGGGAAGGCAUCGCUAAACCAGCAUCCUUCUUGGGUAAAUACCGGUAUUCUACCCUCUCGACAGGGGAGUGGGAAGAGGUGUUUGCAAAUCCUGACGAUAUCCGGCGAGAGGAAGGGGACACAAUACUGGUACCCCAAGGUAUUCUCCGUGUUCCCACGCUCUUCCUCCCCUCCGCAUCCCCACCGUAUUAGCCAACCCACACACUCUUGCACACACCCCACUAUCGCUCCCUUAUCGUGCCUAAUCGAUACCGUAUCCCUUUUCCCGUUACGAUAACUGGCACCGACAUUCUCCACUCCACUACUCGAGUAUACUUGCACCCCUGCUAGGAAGCUACCGCCAUCUCAUCUGCAUACCGGUUGGCGUCUUUGGAAAGAGCACACAUAGUGUGGUGCUCGGACUGAGUCCCUGCAGCAGGACGAGCAUCCCAUCCGGUUUUGCGGGAAUACUUGGGGUUGCACAACACCCAUCAUCGACCGCUAGACUAUUGUAUUGUGAGAACUAUCCUGGUCAUUGCUAUUUUGGCCACCUGUUCGCGAGCUUCUAGAAUUUCUACAAAGGCCGAAGGACGCAUACAUCAUUAUCCAAUCGCUUGGAGCAUGAAUAACGUGUUGCGAACAGGAUCUUUGCGUCCUUAUUAUGCCCGCCGUUUCCACUCCUCAUCCCCUCUUUUUCGUUCACUCAAGCCGCACAUCUCCAGAUCAAAGCACAAGCUGCAACAACUCUCCUUUUUAUCUCGCACAAGACACAUCUGCUAUCAGCACUCACGGAAUUUCGGCUAUUCCCACGCUCCUUCGCACCUUAAAUCAACAUCUAGAAGAUUCAAUACUACAGCAACUACUUCUACCGCCUCUUCCCCCGCUACCACAACCGGUGCACGCACUUCUGCAAUCACAUAUACCCCCACAAACAAUACUACCGAAAAGCAUACACACAAAAUGACCGUCGACCAUCCUUUGUCCAAGCAUUCCGGCGUUGUGAAGAUCGUUGAGGUUGGAGCGCGAGAUGGGCUCCAGAACGAAAAGGGAGUAGUGCCCACAAACACUAAAAUCGAGCUCAUAGAGAGACUGAGCUCGGCAGGCUUGAUACACAUUGAAGCUGGAAGCUUUGUUAGUCCAUCAUGGGUACCACAAAUGGCGGACACGCCCGAAAUCAUGAAACACCUUCGAUCAAAUCCACCAGCUGCGCCAACAGGCGUAACAUACUCAUACCUCACGCCCAACAUGAAGGGGCUCACAAACUUCAUCCACUACUCCUCAAACACUGGAGUGUCCGCCUCAGAACACGCAUCUGAAAUCGCCAUCUUCGGUUCCGCAUCCGAGGGUUUCUCACAGAGGAACAUCAACUGCUCCAUCGCUGAGUCCCUUGAGCGAUAUCGGCCCGUCGUACAGAAGGCUUUGGAGAACGGCAUCAGGGUCCGCGGCUAUGUAUCCAUGAUCAUUGAGUGCCCUUACGACGGCCCUACAUCGCCCGUGAAGGUAGCCGAAGUGGUGGAGGGCCUCUUGGACCUUGGUUGCUACGAAGUAUCGCUCGGCGACACCAACGGUGUCGGCACCCCCGGUACCAUCGGAACGUUGGUGAACUACCUGAUCAAGGACCGUGGUAUACCUGCCGAGAAGUUGGCAGCACACUUCCACGAUACAUACGGCCAGGCAAUUGUAAACUGCCUCGUGGCUCUGGAAGCCGGGAUCAGGACGUUCGACAGCAGCGUCGCGGGUCUGGGAGGUUGCCCAUACAGCAAGGGUGCUACCGGCAACGUUGCGACAGAAGACUUGGUCUAUUUCCUGAAAGGAACUGGCGUCAAGACCAACGUGGACCUGGACAAGAUUGUCGAAAUCGGCGACUGGAUCUCCAAGAAGCUCGGUCGGAAGAACGAGUCAAAGGUCGGAACUGCCUUGAUGGCGCACAGACGAAGCGAUGGGAGCAGGUUAUAAAAAAAGAAAACCUUUCCGAUUAUCCAGAAAUCUUUUUUUUCUUUGCUUAAUAUUUUUCAUAUUUCUUCCCCACCACCCUCCUUUAAACAACCGUUAGCUAGAAGCCUAACAACACACAAUAUCCUCGUAUUAAUUACUUUCGUCCAAAAAUCGGUGCUGGCACACGUUCUUUCUUUAUCGGGGGAACGGUGUUUGCCAGUUUUUUUGAUUCUAGAAAAGAGCACCCCGAUAUCUACCUAUCAUUUCCUCGUGGGUUUAGCGUUUUAGCGUUUUAUUUAUUCCUCGUAUUUUUUUCCCUCUUUAUUCCUUCUGGGUGUCAAAAUUAAUGGUGUUUUUCCUGUUUUCGCUUUUUUUUGUACCUCAGGCUUCUUUUUCUUGACGAGAGAGGAGUGGUACCUACUUACCCACUUGUCUUGUGGGAUGCGACGAUGUCGAUGAACGAGAGUGCAUGAAUGAAGGGAAAGAAAAGCGUUGUGGUUUUUCUCAUAUAUUUAUAUAUCUUGCUGAGAUAUUACUAUCUAUCUAUACUUUCAUUGACUGUGUUAGACUUAUCUCCUUGGGGUUUAUAGAUGGAUGGACUAGGGGUUGGUUGGAAAAUAUAGCACACAUUCCUUCAA